AUGGAAGUUUUGAGAGAAGACGAAAUCGGAUCAUUUCAAAUGGAAGAUUUUACAGAAUUUGGAAUCAAGUUUUAUAAACUUAUCGGAUUGAAUAUGAUUCCGCAAAGACGAACAACAUGGAAGGAAAAAUUGUUUCAGAUCUUCAAAAGCUUUCUUUUUGUUACUUUCUUUCUCAAUAUUUUCUUGAUCGAGGCAUCUAUGAUGAUUUUCGUCUUUAAAAACUCAAAUGAUUUGUCAUUAAUUGCAAGAGUUUUACCUCAUGUCAUCAACUUGCCAUACGUUGUUAUAAAAAUUCUUUAUCAAUACAUCAAUCGUGAUAAAGUUGCAGAAAUCCAAGGAAGUUUAAAUGAAAUUUUCCCCAAGACUAGAAAGGAACAAAAUAUUUUCGGUACCAAAAAUUAUGUCGAUGAAUUAAGAAAGUUUACAAAGAUUUACGGUACAGUGCUUGUUGUUGGAUUUACUGCUUUCAUCUUUAAAGGAAUUGUAAUUUUAUUCAUUUCGAAAACUAAUGAGUUGCCUACAAGUUUGUGGACACCUUUUCACUAUGAGCGUGGAAUUGCGUUCAUCCCAUUUUUGCUGUGGAUUUAUUACAUUGUGUGGACAAAAAUAAUUGGAUCUUUUGCAGCAGAAAUCACACUUUACACCAUGGUUACAUUAUUUUCUAUGAGUUUUGAUAUUCUAAGGUACAAAUGUGAACAUAUAGAAAUGGGUGAAUCAAAACUUGAAGACGAUGAACUCAAACAAAUUAAAGACAUUAUAAUUGAACACAACAAGAUUCUGGAAUUAAGCAAAGAAUGGGAAAACAUUUUCUCAACUUUUUUUCUGAUAAAUUUUCUUCAGAGUUCUUUUUUUCUCUGCUUUAUUGUGUUCUUAAUGCUAUCAAAUGGUGGAAUGAUGUUGAAUUAUGUUCCAUAUUUAUUUGCUGCUUUGAGUCAAACUAUAUUAAUUUGUUUCUUAGGACAAAAAAUGAUCGACUCAAGCUCAUCUGUUGGCAUCGGAAUUCUCAACACUGAAUUGUUUAAUUCUAGAAAUACUAAAAUGAAGCAAGCCAUUUUAUUGAUUGUGUUGAAAUCACAAAAGCCAAGUGUAUUGACAAUGAAAAAGUUUGGAGCAAUUUCUAUCGAAACAUUCACAAAGGUAAUUGAAAAAUAUUUUUAA